CAAGCAUCUACAUUGUUUCUGGUGUACCACAGCUAUGCAACCACCCUUCGUUUGUUCGCCGUAGGCCUGUCACUGUCCGCGUAGGAAAUGGUUUUGGAUUUUGACGUUGAUGCUUUUAUUGAAAGACUCCUAGAUGUAAGAUGUUCUCGACCCGGCACAUUGGUAGAAAUGAAAGAAGAGGAGAUUCGUUACAUCUGCGAAAAAUCGCGCGAAAUUUUCUUGGCCCAACCGAUCCUUCUGGAACUUGAAGCACCUCUUCAGAUCUGCGGUGAUAUUCAUGGUCAAUACACCGAUUUGUUGCGAUUGUUUGAAAACGGCGGGUUUCCCCCAGCUUCGAACUAUUUGUUCCUUGGUGAUUAUGUGGAUCGGGGCAAGCAAAGCUUGGAGACCAUCUGCCUUUUGCUGGCAUACAAGAUCAAAUAUCCUGAGAACUUCUUUCUUCUUCGUGGAAAUCACGAAUGUGCCGCGAUCAAUCGCAUUUACGGUUUCUACGAUGAAUGCAAACGGCGUUUCAGUAUCAAGCUAUGGAAGACAUUCACAGACUGCUUUAACUGUCUCCCAAUCGCUGCUAUCAUCGACAGCAAGAUAUUCUGCUGUCACGGCGGACUGUCUCCGGAUCUUCAGAAUAUGGAACAAAUUAGGCGUAUUUUACGCCCCUCUGACAUACCUGAUACGGGCCUCCUCUGUGAUCUGUUGUGGUCCGACCCUGACAAAGAUGUGACUGGCUGGGCUGAGAACGACCGAGGUGUCAGCUUCACUUUCGGGCCGGACGUGGUAUCCAAAUUCCUCAACAGGCAUGAGCUGGACCUCAUCUGUCGUGCUCAUCAGGUGGUGGAAGAUGGCUUUGAAUUUUUCAACCGCCGCCAACUUGUCACUCUAUUCUCAGCACCUAAUUACUGUGGUGAAUUCGACAACGCCGGCGGCAUGAUGUCUGUGGAUGAAAACCUCACUUGUUCUUUCCAGGUUCUCAAACCGUCGGAGAAGAAGGCCAAGUACCAGUAUCACGGGAUCAACCAGACCGCACAACCACAGCCGCCACGUGCCGCUCAGUCACCACGCGUUGCCUGAUGAGGCUCGGUGUUGCGCUCGUCCUUCUAUUAUACUGUUCCGUGCUCAGUAGACCUGAUGGCACGCACGCUGCCCAGUUAUAUAUAUAGCUACAUAUAAGUGUACACAUCAAGAAAAUGUACGUACGCGCACCGCAUGUUAUUUUACGCUACGCUCUCGCAUUUGGCUCUUCCAAACCCCUACUUCUAACCCCGCAUCAACACGCAUGUUUUUCUCCUUGGAGCUUAUGGAAACGUGCGUGUGCGACGGUCACCAAUUCACCUCUCGCUUCGGCCGUUCCCGAAGAGCCCACACACACACACACACUACGCAUUCUCUCUGGCUGUGUUGCACUCUGUCCUGGCGUUCCGCUGUUCUCUCUCUCUCUGCCACUUCGCAUCGUGGUAUGCCACACUAUGUAAAGUUUUUCGGAAAUGAACUUUCCUUGGUUUUUAGUGUGAUGUUGUUUCUUUGUUCUCUUUACAACCAAUUCAGCAAUUUGGUUUUCGCGUAUGUUCCGGGCUGUUUAGUCCGAUCAGCUAGUUUGACUAAAGGCCAGUGCUUCACUUUCUGUGCACAGGCUUGCCUAUUUUAUCAACUCGUUGCGUGCCACUGUCUCUUUCUCCCCUCCUUGUUCUACUCGUUCACCUGUUCAUGGUCGCAGUGCUUUAUUGUAAAAUGGCCACUCUGCUCUCUCACAACUUGUAAUGAUUUGUAUUUGAUGACCCGACUCUGUCCCUCUAAUCCUUCUAUAUGGCCGACAGUAACUCCAUUCAUGUAAGCUAGACAUUGGAUGCGGUUUUUCUCUGAAAGUGCCCACUUCGGCUUGGAUUGUGUUUUAGUCAUUCAGCGCACAUGUUUUGCUCGAAUGAUGGCAGAUGCUGGUUUGGCAUCUCUGUGGACUAUGC